AUGGACCUGAGCCUGAGAGAUGCUCUGGGAGGUGGAGGGGGGAUGUCUGGCGGAGCCCCCUCUGAGGCGCUCCUGAAGAGAGACUUCAUGUCCGCUCUGGAGAAAGAACCCUAUGACGACAAGGUGGGGGAGACCGUGUCCAAGAGCGACUACAGGCCCCUGCUGGACGGGAAGGACCCAAAGUGUGGUUCUGGAAUGAUGCCCUCCAUUAUGUCCACUGGAGGGCGCCAAGACCCCCCAGGACAGCCUGCCUUCAGCUCUGACUAUCUGAGUGGUCCGAUGAUGGGAGGAAUGGGAGGAAAGGGAGGACAAUGGAGCCCAAACAAGCCCAAGGACAGCAGCAUGCCUGACUCUUUUCUAGGCUUCUCACAGUCUGGCCUCGGUGGGACUGGGCUGCCCCCUUUCCAAACCAGUAUGGGACAAUCUGGGAUGGGCUCAGUUUUGGAGCCUCAGAAAACGUCCGGCCUUUUCGACCCCAAACCUUCCCCCAACACCACAGGAGCCGCUCUGUUCAAGGCCCCGGAGCCCCACGCGGCCCCCAACACAGCUCCGGGUAUCUCUCCCAGUGGCUCAGUGGACGGCAGCAGCGCCACGUCUUCCGCCUCCGAGCCCACCAGCCCCGAGCAUUGCGGGCCGGGGGGCGAGCUGGGCAAGCAGAGGCGCAGAAAGAAGAAGAGGAAGGGGCGUGACGAGGUGUACGACUUCCUGGACAGACACGAGAGCCAGGAGGGGGAAGAGGAGGAGGAGGAGGACGAUGAUGAUGAGGAGAACUGGGAGUGGGAGAUCAGAGAGAGCGGAGGUGGGGGGCGCGUAAGGGGCAAGAAGACCAAAACUCGGGCCAGGCUUCCCGAGGAGUGGGGCGCGCCUCAGCAGCCAGUCUCCCCUACACCCGCCACAGUAGCCCCAUCGUGGGCCGAUCCUCACUCUAAGCCCUGUCCCAUCCCUGAGCAAGCACCCACAAGUUUCAACCAUUCCCACGGCAACGCAGACGCCUCUCCGCGCUCUUACGAACCAAUGUGCGUAGACAAAGAAGACAUAUCCGGCAGUAAACCCGCCGCGAACGUCAACGGUUCAGCUACUAACAAAGCUGAAAUAAGCGGGGACCUGAAUGACAGUUUAGCUUUGAUGACAGGGGAAAACUUGAGUCCAGUUUCCCAGACUUUCUCCUUCCUGGAUUCAGUGCUACAGACUCCCCCUGCCUCAACCCCUGAUUCUCAAACCACUCCUCUCGCCAAAACCACCCCUCCAGAGAUAACCAGUGUCCCGCAACCGGCUGUUUUUGCUUCUCCCAGCCCCGCUACCAUUGGAUCAGGGCUCAAUGUCGAUGCGAAACCCUUUGUGCCCUCAUCCGUGCUCCUGUCCUCCGGCCCUGGCCCAGCUCCUACCGCUACACCCGCCACUGUGGCCCCCGCGAGCGCUGCUUUUAUAGCCCCCAGUCUCACCAGCGUCACUCCCUCCUUUAGCCCGGCCACCACUGUCCCUCCCUCACUCACUCCCGCUCCUUCUCACCCUGCACCCUCUGCGCGCCUGGAGUCCUCGUCGCCACUGCUCCCCUCACUGGAAGGUUGGUGA